CCCAGACUCGGCCGGGCCCGCUGGCGCUGCCGCAGCUCGGCCGGGGCUCUCCCGGGCUGAGGAAGGUACUGCCCGGCCGGGCGAGUGUCUCGGCAGCUCCGCUGCCUCGCUGCCGGCCGACAUGGACCAGCGCCUGGCCGAGCUGGUGGAGGAGCUCACCACCUCCGGGGAGCCGCGGCUGGAGCCGGGCAGGAUGAAGGAGCUGAAGAAGAUCUGCAAGUCGUCGGAGGAGCACAUCAGCCACGCCUUCCACCUGCUGGUGACGCGGCUGCAGGAGGAGCACGCCGAGAUGCGCUUCUCCGCCUUCCAGGUGGUGCAGGAGCUCUUCACCAGGUCCCACCACUUCAGGACGCUGCUCAUCGCCAACUUCCAGGAGUUCCUGGAGCUCACGGUGGGCAUAGACCACGAGCAGCCCCUUCCCCCGCCCAAGGAGGUGGCGCAGAAGCUGAGGAAAGCGGCCAUCAAGGCGGUGCAGGACUGGCACGAGAAGUACGGGGAGGCUUACAAGCAGCUUUCCCUGGGAUACCACUUCCUAAAGCGGAAUAAGAAGGUGGAUUUUCAAGAUGUGCAUGCCAGAACCGUGGCUGAAAGGAGGAGGGAGGAGGAGAGGCAAAAACGGCUGGAUAACGUUUACAAAGAAAAAGUCAAAAGAACUGAAAAGGAAAUGGAAGAAAUGUCCCAGGAGAUUGCUGAUACACUGACAGAGAUGGAAAACUGUUUCCAGCUUCUGAUGCCGGAUCCUUUCAACUUCGCUGUGAACGACGCGGAACUGGAACCCGACAAGCAAAUGUCUGCAUCCCCCUCCUCCUCCCGGGGGGAAGUUGACCAGUCCUGUUUUGGGUACAGGGAUGAUGAACAGCCAUGCUGCAGCAAGGACAUUCUUCCUGUUUCUCAGUGUGUCAGAACUGAUGGAAACAAAGAGUCAGAUGAGAAGCAGGAGAAGCGUGAGCAAAAAGAGUUGGGUGGAGGCACACGCUCAGAGGUUCAGUCCGGUGACCCUGCUCUCAAUGAUGAUGAUGAUGAUUACCAGACUUUUGUUAGGAACCACGGGCUUAUUUCACAUAAGUACACUCUAGACCUUGAAAUCUCCACAGAUAUAAAAGUGCAAGAGAAUGAAGAUAACACUGCCAUCAUAAACAGUGUCAUGGAUGCUCACAAACUUCUCAGAAAUAAAUUCUGGCCUUCUAUACAGUCCUGGAUUCAGUUACUCACCAGAGCAGGAAUCAAUGAUGAUCGGCUAAGAUGUGCCAUUGAACUCAAGAAUAAACUGGAGGCUGCUAUGAAGAAAUACAAGGAAAUGAACAUUUCCUUCAAAGCAAGAAAAAGAAAAGUGAUGAAAGCCUCGGAUGAUGAUGAUGAGGAGGAAGAGGACGAGGAGGAUGAAGAUGACUUUGUGGAGGUCCCUGAGAAGGAAGGUUAUGAGCCCCACAUUCCAGACCACCUGCGUAAGGAAUAUGGGCUAGAACCUGAGGCACCUCCAAAAGCUCCAGUGGGGAAGACAUCAGCAGGACCAGCUCCACCGAGCUCCCGAGCACAGCUGAGAGGGAAUGAAGAUGAACUUGAUCCAACCUGUGCAGCUGCCACACUGAAACUUAUUAGGGACAAACUACCAAAGCUACCACCUCCUCACACCAGUGAGUCUGCAACUCCUGAGGCAGCAGCCUUGGAGGAUCCUGAUGGUAAGAGAAGAAAACUAGAGGAAGAAAGAGCUAAAGCUCCCCUCAUGCCUUUUGGAUUAGAUCUUCACUACUGGGGAGAGGAUCAGCCAAGUGCUGGGAAGAUUCUCAAAUUUACAUCUGAGCAUCGAUUCUGGGCACCCAGUGAAGUAGAGGAAGAGGUGGAAAAUAAAGAACUAACGGAAAUGUUAAAAACUAGAUAUAUAACAUUCGCUGGCAAGUUUGAGCCGGUGAAACACAAGUGUCGGGCACCAAUGCCUGAUGGGAGUCUGUGUGAAAGGCAGGAUCGGAUUAAGUGCCCUUUCCAUGGAAAGAUAAUUCCUCGGGAUGACUCUGGGGUUCCUGUGAAUGCAGAGGACAGAGCCAGAGAAGAAAAGAUGAGGUUUGAGAAGCAAGCAGCCCAGCCAGAGUGGAGAGAUCCAGAAUUCAUGAGGGAAGUUGAAGCUGCUACAGGACUGGAUCUUGGUUCCUCUAAAAAUAAUGGAAAAGGCCAGAAGAAACAAGGGAAGAAGAAAAAAUACCCAAAUCUGACAGACCUGAAGCAACAGGCGAACACUUCCCGAUCCCGGCUUGAGAAGAAAGUCUUCAAUAAAGGUGCCAUGAAACGGGUGGUGAAAGCCAUGAACCGGGUGGACCAAAGGAAGCACGAGAAGUUUGCCAACCAGUUUAAUUAUGCACUGAAUUAAAUUGUUGAUCAUCUUUGCCCGUGAGCGCAACUGCAAAAAAACCUCGAUCAAAAAUAUUUGUAUUUAUACUAAAAUACUGCGCAAGGCACAUUUUUACAGGGGUCGUUUUAAAAUUGUUUCCAAAUUUAACUUAUUUGAUAAUGAACAUUAAUUUUGGCCAAGAUGGGGUGGUACAGAGUGGAAUGCAUUCAACAAGUUGAUAAUUAUUUGAAAUGUACAUGAAAGGGAGAUGUUUUGUGAUUUGUA